AUGGUAGUCUCUCAUGGUCCCGCUAAAUUCUACGGCACCAGCCUCCCCCGCCCUCGUUUCUAUACUGAACUCAAGUUCAACGACCACCGCGUCGACCCUCCCGUCCCCGUCACUGACGCUUUAAUGUCGUGGGCCCAUAAAGCCCACUGGUCCAUGGGUGGCCUCGAAGAGAAACGCCUUCGCCUCCAGGGCAAAAUCGAAGGCAACGUCGAUAAGCUCCGAACCCAGCGCGACAAGAUCUCCAAGGCCCAGGCCCACAGCCCGCUCUCCAUUGCCCGCCCGGAUCUUUGCGGAUCUAAAAGGAAAGCCUCGCUUUCGCCUCCGCCGGCUCCGGUCGCGGCGAAGCUGCGGAGGUCAGUGGCUCUGAUAGAUGAUGAGGAUGAGGAGUUGGAAGAGAUUGAAGAUGAAGAGGAAGCGAAAGCGAAGGUUAGGUUUACUCGUCGCGGCGUUCCGAGGAGGUUGGUGAAGAAGCUUGGAGAUGAUUUUGAUCGAGUGGCUUCCACGGAGAGCAAUGGUGUGGAUUCUGAUUCGAUGGGGCUUAGGACUCGGAGUCGCAGAUUGAUUAAAGGUGGUGGUGGUGGUGAUGCUGUGAAGAAGGUGGUUGAAGAAGAAAAAGGUGAGAAAUCGAAUCCCAAAAGAAACAAAAAUAAGAGUGAAGCUGAGAAGAGCCCUGUUUCUUCUACAAAUGGGGUUAGAGUUAGAACUUCUCCUAGAUUAUCAAAGCGUGGAUCCAAUUAG